AUGUGGAAAUCUGUAGUGGGACAUGAUGUAUCUGUUUCUUUGGAGACCCAGAGUGAUGAUUGGGACACAGACCCUGACUUUGUGAAUGACAUCUCUGAGAAGGAGCAACGGUGGGGAGCCAAGACCAUCGAGGGCUCUGGGCGCACAGAACAUAUCAACAUCCACCAGCUAAGGAACAAAGUGUCAGAGGAGCACAAUGUUCUCAAGAAGAAAGAGAUGGAAUCAGGGCCCAAAGCAUCCCAUGGCUACGGAGGGCGGUUUGGAGUGGAAAGAGAUCGAAUGGACAAGAGUGCUGUGGGCCAUGAGUAUGUUGCUGAGGUAGAGAAACACUCUUCUCAGACCGAUGCUACCAAAGGCUUUGGGGGCAAAUACGGAGUUGAGAGGGACAGGGCGGACAAGUCAGCAGUUGGCUUUGAUUAUAAAGGAGAAGUGGAGAAACAUGCAUCUCAGAAAGAUUACUCUUGUGGCUUUGGUGGCCGUUAUGGGGUGGAGAAGGAUAAACAGGACAAGGCUGCACUGGGAUAUGACUACAAGGGAGAGACGGAGAAACACGAGUCCCAGAGAGAUUAUGCCAAGGGCUUUGGUGGACAGUAUGGAAUCCAGAAGGACCGAGUGGAUAAGAGCGCUGUAGGCUUCAAUGAAAUGGAGGCCCCAACCUCAGCUUAUAAGAAGACGAUGCCCACAGAAGCUGCUUCUAGUGGUGCCCGUGGGCUGAAGGCAAAGUUUGAGUCCAUGGCUGAGGAGAAGAGGAAGCAGGAGGAAGAGGAGAAGGCUCAGCAGAUGGCCAGGCGGCAACAGGAGCGAAAGGCAGUGGUAAAGAUGAGCCACAAGGCUCAGCAGCCGGCAGUGACUGUGGAAGAGCCAGUGGUGCCUGCCCCACUGCCCAAGAAAAUCUCCUCAGAGGCCUGGCCUCCAGCAGAGAGUCAUCCAUCAUCAGAGCCCGAGCCUGUGAGAACCUGCAGGGAACACCCAGUGCCCUCCCUGCCCACAAGGCAGAAUCCCCAGGAGGAUCAUGAGGAGCCCCCAGCUCUGCCUCCUAGGACUCUGGAAGGCCUCCAGCUGGAGGAGGAGCCAGUGUAUGAAGCAGAGCCUGAGCCUGAGCCUGAGCCUGAGAAUGACUAUGAGGAUGUUGGGGAGAUGGACAGGCAUGAGCAGGAUGAUGAGCAAGAGGGGGACUAUGAGGAUGUGCUCGAGCCCGAGGAUUCCUCCUUUCCCUCUGCUGUGACCAGAUCAUCAGGCUGCCCAGUUGAGGCUGGGGCCAUGGGAAUCUCAGCUGUAGCCCUGUAUGAUUACCAAGGAGAGGGAAGUGAUGAGCUUUCCUUUGAUCCAGAGGACAUCAUCACUGACAUUGAGAUGGUGGACGAGGGCUGGUGGCGGGGACGUUGCCGUGGCCACUUUGGACUCUUCCCAGCAAAUUAUGUCAAGCUUGUACAGUGACUGGUCCUCACGUCUACUGCAGCUGUGACUUCCCAGGUCCAAAGUGGCUUUGCUCCACCGCCUCCCAAUUCCUGCUGCAAGCAUCUAACAGGAUGUUCAGGUUGCCUCAGGUUCUGGACAGACUUCCCUCUCCUACUUCAUUAAGUGCUUGGGGCAGUCAGCAUGAGGAAGGGGCUCUUCUUCCUCUCAGUGUCCUCUCUAACCUGGAUGAACUCAAGGACAUUAUCUUGUGGUCCCGCCUCCUUCUGCAUGAGUGCCCUUGCAACACACACCCCAAGCUCUGCUGUCCUUCCUUGUGAGCUCUGGGCUUCCCAGGUUUGCUUACCUGGCAAGUUUUGUCUAGAUUGCCUGGUUUGCUUGGUUGUGCUAUUUGUCCAGCUU